AUGGAAGGGAGGCUGUCGAGAUCAUUAGCCAAUUGCACAGCGCUUGAAGUUCUGGACCUUGGAAAUAAUAUGGUUCAUGAUACAUUCCCAUUUUGGUUAGAGAAGCUGCCUUCCUUGAAGGUUCUCGUUUUGCGAGCAAACAGAUUCUAUGGUACAAUUACAAAAUUCGACAUGAAACAUGGAUUUCCAAAGCUACGCAUUUUGGACAUUGCUUCCAACAAUUUUUCAGGUGACUUGUCCACUAAAUUUUUGCAGAGUUUGAAGGCAAUGGCGAAGAUGACUAAUGACGAAAAAGCUAAGCUGGAUUAUAUCGGAGAGAAUUAUUAUCAAGACUCUGUGACAAUUGUUAACAAAGGGAUUGAAAUGUUUUACCAAAAAGUCUUGGCAAUUCUUACUGUUGAAAAAUCAAAUAAGCGAGGUCUAGACAUUACCAUUGAUGAAAAGAAACCAGAUGAUGUACUGGAGAAAGAUUGA